CCUUUGCCGGCUAGUGGAAUUCUUUUGGUAGAUCAAAUUUCAUCAAAAUUUGAUGCUGAGGCAGCAAAGGUGAUUGCGCCAGUGGGUUGGAUGACAGCAAGUGCUCGGUCACUUGGUAUUCCUUCGUCUCUGCACCUUAGGUUGGUCACUCUCUCUCUCGUCCACACAAUUCUUAAUCUCAAUUGUGAGGACAUCAUGUUUUUGCUAGUGUUCCAGUACCUCAACAAAUUGGAAAUUGGACGUGAGUGCACUAACUGCGAUAGGAAGGAACGAGAAGCCUUCCGUUGUGCAAAUUCAGACAAUUCCUUGUGGUUGGCCUCAUCAGAGCGCUUCUUGAGACUGUCCUUCUGGUGUACGAGUUUGAAUGACUCUAAGGAGACAUCCAGCGCCAGUACGUCAAAUGCAAUCAAAUGUGCUCCAUCCGAUCGCUUGGCUGAGUACCUUCUCAACGCUCACCGUCUUAUCGAUUCAAGGAUGCGUAGCACGGAGAUGUGGUCGGCCGAGUACCAAUCACCGGUGCCCUCCCUUGUUCCCACUACGUCGGGCGCUGACCCCCCCACUGUGCACUUUCACAGCACCCCAUUGCGCACUCUCAUGACUUCAAGUUUGCGCAUCGAGUCGGACUCACAACAGCAAGAGCUCUCCCUCAUCGAUCAGUACAAAUCGGAGUCUAACAUCUACCAGUUGAGUUAUUGCGAUGACUCUGAUGAGGAAGUGGGGAAGGAAAACAAAAAAGCAGACAUAUUGCGUCCUUUCAGUGGGUUGAGACAGGCGGAAUCGCCUGCCGAACUGGAGCCUACCGAAAUGGAGAAAUCGUCACUUGAUGUCAUUCGCCAAUUCCUGGCCGACAUUGCGGGCAAGCCCACCUGUGAUGCUAUAACUCUCUUCACUCAAGUGUUGGAGGGCGAGCUUUCUAUGGACAGUGAUGAUGACAUUGGGAUUAAUGUUCCCUACCCUCCGGUCAGUCAACUUACCCUUGAUAUACUUGACUACCGUCUUGGGAAGCAUGCCUUCUGUGUUGUCACUGCGUCACAGCCUUCACCUGGGUACGAGUCAUUAGCUCCAGUUGGUAAUCUCGAAAAUGAUUAUGAUUUCGACAGCGUGUAUGGUAAUGAACUCCCUGAACUGCCGUUUCGACCCACCUUUGGAGCGUCUUCAUUGCUGCACCAUUCGUUGUGUGGUCUUGGUCCCUUUCUAAACUGUGUGCUUAGUCUAAUGGGGAGCAUGCACAAAAAUAGCCUCUACUUAAACCUGAUCCUAACAGAUGUUGUCCUUACUCUUGCCAGUUUUCACCAAUUCCCGCUGGCUGAUAUUUUAUUGAAGUGCGCCGAUGUCGGUCUGAGUAGUCAAAUACAGACACUUUACGAGGUAUGUGAAAGCAAGUUUGACUUACCCUCACAUUUCCGUUCUUCGGUUCAAACUCCUGACCACUUUGCUUCAGGUCCUUGCCAGUGUGAGGCAGGAAAUCGAGCAGCACUUGGUCAGGAUUCCUAA